GACUCAGCUGCGGUCCUUGCGGGGGCACCGAGAGCAAGCGGGCUUCGCCACUCGGCAGCAAAGAGCCCCCACCCCUGGGCGCGGCGAAGCGUGGCGGGGACCCUCCCAGGGUUCCUCCUCCCUCGGAACCCUUGCCUUGGAGCGCACCACCAGGAGCAGCCAGGUGUCACAGAAGGCCCCGGCGACCCUUUCGGGAUGGUAGCGCUCCGGCCCGUACCUCGCGCGGGACCCCCACGAGGGGCCUGAGCCAAGUUCAUCGCACGUGGGAUUGACACCGGUGCACCGAAGGGAUUCACGACCGUGCGCCUCACUUCUGUGAUUGCUACCGCCGUCUUGUGAACCGUGAUCGUUUUUCUUUUCUGCGUCGAGAGCAGCAGCUGCGGUGCCUCGUAGCCUGCCUGGACUGUGUGUCGGCUGGUGAACCUCAUGGAGAGGCUCAUGAUGAGGUCCUCUCCGAGCAACUACAACGAUGUGAAGCUGAAGCUGCUGCAGGAGGGUGGCCUGGAGUUCCGCGACGCGGACAUGCUCUACCCAGCCGAUCCGACGGCGCAAGUGGUGUCGUACGCGGCGGGGCCUUUGCAGCCGCUGCCGCCGCACGAAGACGUCUACGGCUCUACGCAGCUGGGCGCCAUCAUGGACUUGCAACAGCAACAGCAGCCGCAGCACGUCCAGGCCUCCCAGGUCCAGGACCACGAGCCCAAGAAAAAGAAUGCGAACAACCGGGCCACCUCGUCUAACCAGAGUUAUAUGGACCACCCCCGAAACUCCAUCAACGUUCACGCCGAUUCCAUGCAGGGCGAUGACACUGGUCAUGGUGGCGUGAAUCAGUGGGCGGGCGUAUUCGUGAACGGCCGUCCAUUGCCGGAUGUGGUGCGGCAGCGCAUCGUGGAGCUGGCGCACCAGGGUGUCCGGCCCUGCGACAUCAGCCGCCAGCUGAGGGUCUCCCACGGAUGCGUCUCCAAGAUACUCGGAAGGUACUACGAGACAGGCUCGAUCCGGCCGGGCGUGAUCGGCGGCAGCAAGCCGAAGGUGGCCACGCCCAAGGUGGUGGACGCCAUCGCGAACUACAAGAAGCAGAACCCCACCAUGUUCGCCUGGGAGAUCCGCGACCGGCUGCUGGCCGACGGCGUCUGCGACCAAGACAACAUACCCAGCGUUAGCUCCAUCAACAGGAUCGUGCGCAACAAGGCAGCCGAGAAGGCCAAGCACCACCACGUGUCGUCCAACGGCGGCAGUCCGCAGCCCCAGUCGUCGCCCACGUCGGUGAUCACGCAUGCGCCGGCAUCGGCGCACGAGUCGAGCGUCUCUGCGGCGGCGGCCGCGGCUGCCCUGCAGAGGCCCUCCUACUCCAUCAACGGCAUCCUGGGCAUUCCCAGCGCCGAGGCGGCCAAGCGCAAGCGCGACGACCAGGUCUCACAAGUGCACGGCGACUCGGCGCGAGACAUGAACGGUGACCACGGAAUCCACGAAGAUGAAGUUAAACGUUCCAGGGCGCAGUACAACGGCGAGCAGAUCUACUCCAACCUGAGUCCCAACAUGUGGGCCAAGUGGACAAAGCAGGACGAACUGAAGGCCGGCAUGGCGGACCUGCCAACGAGCAACGGGUCGCCGUACCAUCACCUGACGUCGCAGACGUCUCAACCCGCGCCCCCAUCGCAAGGCGGCGCCUUCGAGCAGGCCUUCAGCCCCGUGGUGUCGUCAGCGGAGAAGCAGCCGGCCGAAUACGACGUUGCGAUGACCACCAUCAACUCGCAGUCCACCGCCGUCUACUCGCCGCCUCUCGGCAGCAAUUCGCUCACCCCUCUGACGCCCAUCAGCAUGCAAGAAGUCAAGUCCCUUGUCAACAGCGGAGCGUCGCUCAUUGAAACUAGUCCAAAUCCACACUCCUACCAUCCAGCGGCCGCGGCGACCGGUAGCGAGAUCCAGGGCAGCCCUUCACCGGCCAAGGCCGAGGCACCGUGCCCACUCUCGUCGCUAACGGUGCUGCAGCCCGUCCAGGGGGCCAUCCCGGGCUACGGCUCCAGCUUCUCGCAGUUCUCGGCCGCGCCAGUGACGGGCAGCGCAGUUGCCAGCUCUGCGGUGGCAGGCAUCCCCGGCGCCGACUACGCCUACGCAUCGCCCUACACGCAGUACUCUUCGGCAGCAGCGUAUGGCGCCUACGGCUACGGCUCCAGCGGAAUCAUCAACCCGUCCUACUACUACGCCCAUAGCGCCAGGACCGGGUCGGCCGGCACGGGCCUCAGCAGUGCGGGUCCGCUCAGUCCCAACGCGUACAAGGGCGAGCGCUGCUGACACCUGCGGGACGCCUAAGGCCCGCCGACCGCGUCCACGGGACAGCACGCCCCCCAUGCUCUGCCGCCGCCGGCAGGCCCUCGCUCCGCUGACUCACGCGACACUGCGGAGCGCAGCAGAGCGCAACAACGGAUCCGAAGAUACCACGACGGCCGAGGCGGCAGAGGCAGCGGUGACGGCGGCGACCAUCUUGAAGCAGGCUGCGGACUUGGCCGGCAACAUUUAACUUGCGUCGUUCCCCGUGCGGAGACGAUGGUGCCUGAUGGGGACAGUAUAGACGAGACGAGGAAAACCGCGGCGGAGGCAGCCGCCGGCGGACGAGUGUGGCGCGUCGACGGGAGAACCGCGCGUCGGUGGUGAUCGGUUCCUCGCGAAAACCAAAGAUCUUGUGUCCGCCUUGUGGACUCUUUUGGACUUGUGCGAAGUAUACGUGAUGCGCAAGAACGAUGACGACGACGUUUAACGGGAGUCUCCGGCGCACCACGUCGUGCGCGCAGCACGGCAGCGGCGCGCCACAUUGAAUGCGCGGGGCGGCUGCGCGAGACGAGGUGAUGUACAAUAAUAUGACCGCCCAGAGUGGGUGUACUGUACGACUACCAGAAAGGUGAUUCGGAUGCCGCGAGAGCUGCCGUGUGGCUCCCCGCCUGGUUGAGCGAGCGCACCCACGAUUACGUCUUGCGCCACGGUGGAAUACACCGGCGACCUUUUUCUCUGUUCUCCCACUUGUAUGUUCAGCUCAUCGGGGAGCCGAAUUCGCGAAGCUUCGUAUUCGUGCGGCUUAUCUGGCAUUGGCUUCUUACGCUCAUUAAUUUUACGUCCGCAAUCGGAGAUGGCUGAAUUUUUUUUUCUGACAAAAAGUUCUAAGGUUAGAGCUUUAUGUGAAUACGCACUGAAGUGUAAACAUUGCUAUGCAAGCUUUAAUAUCUUUCGUGAAAGGUCGACAAAAGAAUUAGUUAAAUGAGGCCCCGUUCUCAAAAGGAGUGAACGCGGCAGUUUUUCGCGUGAGUACAGUAGUCUGUCUUACUUUUUUUUUCGGGAAGAGUAAAGGCAAGCAGAGUUACAUAUUCUUGGAGUAAACUUAAAGAUAUCAAUAUACUCACUCGGGAAGAAAAUCUAAGAUAAGGAAAAAAAAGAGAGACUCAAGCAGGUGUGUCACGUGCGUUAGUUGUGAAGGGAAUGCUGUUGACGCACCGUCACACCGAGCAUUAUUUAGGCGCGUACAAAUGUCCAAGGCGCAAGGAGCCACGCGGCAACAGCUUUUGACGCUCGCUUCCAUUGGCAAGCACUGGUAGUUUGUGUAAAGGAAAAAAAAAAGAAAACAAGGGGGCGUUCGUCUACGCCGCCACGUCUCAGAGGCAUCAUAAGGAAAAAAAAAAUGUUGCGGUGGCACAAGAAGUGUGACUUGAUCUGGUCGCCAGGAUAUUUCUAUCCAUCCUUACAUCAACCCUGCUUAUUAGUUUACAUCGACAACCUUUUGCCCGUGUCCCCCCCCCCUCCUUCCUUCGUAUUAUUUUUUUUGUUUCUCCCUCCGGAGGACUGUCCUCGUGCGUAUUAUUUACAGCAUAGCACUGCGUGUAUUUAUCGGAGAAGAACGAAACACGACGCAGAAGAGAUAUUAACGUCGCCUCUCCACUUUGUACCAUACAAGGCGUAGUUCCGCACGACGACGGUGGCGACGAUCGCUGCUGAUUCUACAUGGUCUCACGCCACGGUUUGCUCAAAGUUUUACGUUUGUCUACGCACACGUUUACCUGUCUGCGAAGAAAAAAAAAAGGUUCGCAGUUUCACAGCCACCACACGAACGGAAGAAGACACACACACACAAAAAAAACGUGAAGUGUAUUCGCUGUAAACGUUAUCAUCACGUGUUUCUGCAAAGGAGAAAGAGCGACCCAACGGCGAAGCGCAUGUUGUUGCUUAUCUGCAUGUUGUUAUGCCGGGAUGAGAGCUUCGUAUAGUUCAGCGGCAGUGGCUUGGGGCCCCUUGGUGUCCUUGCGUUGCUUCAGGCGCGCCUUUCGCUGUAUUGAGCGACCGCGUAAAUAAAUAAAAUUUGGACUUCGUAAAACUUCAGUGCUUUUCAGGGGAAACUAGCCAGAGUGCUUACUUAUUUUAUAAACCGAAAAAAGCAACUUCGGGGAGGAAAGACACAUCGGAAGUCAGAAACGACGCUUUAUUUGGUCCGCUAAAGAAAAACGUAUAUGCGUGCAUGUUACCUUCGCAAAUGACGAUAUACACGCAUCACGUAAUAUGAAGUAUCAGGCUUUGGCGGGCUUCAGCAUAAGUCGAAAAAAAAAAAGAGAGACAGAACCUAAAGAACACGGAGUUCUUGCUGGAAGGCCUGAAACUGUUCCCAACAGCGCCUUCCUCGAUGUCCGCCCCCCGAGCCGCCGCUGUAACUCCCAAGCUCUCCUCCUCACUGGCUGCGAAGCACGCGGCCGCUUCACGAAGCCGAACCGCAGGCGUCCGACUUGCGCCACGGUUUUCUCGCUGUAGACGAUGUAGGUCAGUUCAUUGUAUAGUCCAUACGGUUCACCCCCUUUUAAGUGGCAUGCUUCUUGAAUGUGUAUCAUGUGUUUACUAAUUUAUACAAACCCUAUGACGGAGAGGUUGGAUGAAAAGUAAGGGCCGAGAGAAGAGGCGCGAACGGCGAGAAAGAGCCGUUCACCUACGAAAGAGACGAUGUACAUUAUUACUUCCCGCCGUGGUUGUGUCUGCUUGGUGUGCGAGUUUCGUUUAUAUUUUUCUUUUACUGUGUGCGCGACUCGUUCUUUUUUUGUUUUUUUUUUGCGUGCGCUUAUACAUACUUGUUAGGGCGUAAUGAGUGAUGCCGCGUGUGACACUGCUGACGCGGGGCUCUUCGUUCGGGCAGCACCGUUCCAUCCCGCUGUACAUGCGGAAUCCCUCCGUCUUUCUCAUGGCAGAUGUUCACUUAUACCCUCCACCCCCCUUUCCUCUCUCCCUCCGCUCUUAAAAUGGCAUAUUGUGUGUUGUAAGAUAUUUUGCAGGAGAACAACAUACAAUACGCGUAGCGUUUUUAUGUUGCUUACAUGUUGUGUUCCAAUUUCCUCUUUAUUUUGCCUGCCUGUUCGUGCUGUGUGUUGCCGUAUUCGUAUUUGUACUCCCUUUUUUGUCGUUUUUGUUAAUCCUUAUUGUUUCUGAGAGUUGCACCCUGUGAUGAAGAACGACACCCUUGUACAUAUAUACAUCACGCCGUAGGCGCAUUUUUUUUCUUCUUCUACUUUUUAGUAGCGAUAAAAAGUGAAUGACGCGAAUGAGGAAUCUUCUUUAAGGAUACUGGUUUAUAUUUUGGAGCGGCAUGAUAGUUUCGGUAGGUGCUGUGAGAUGAAGGCAUCGCCGCGACUUGCUGGCGUCUUUUGAGGCUUUGACGGCAGAAAUCAUUCGUCGCCGCUUCCAAACAAUGUGGAAAUAAAGAGUGCCGAUGAGAAGCCCUUAGCUCCGGUGUUAGCCGCGGGCAAAACUUACGGAACAGUGAGUGCGCACGAGUUUCGUGGAGCCACUGGCGACUCUUCCAUAGACGAACGAUUGUUUCCGCUGAGGCGCACUCUGAGGCAUAAAAUUACGGCGGCGGCUACAUUAAUAAAGUUUGUUGAGGCGUGCACCAAACUGUUUUAUUUCUUGUGUCGUCAAUGCGAACUGUAAACGCACGCAAAUAUUGCGGAGCGGUAAGCUACUUAAGGAUCUUAUUGUGUGUUCAGGAGAUGAAGAUUGUAUACCGGUGUUUUGCUGGAGUUUGCGGGGCGUGGAACUCCUGCGUAUAGCGUCCAUCUCUGUCUCGAAAGGCCACGAAUGUUCCUCAUCUGCGGUCACAUAUGCAUAACGUGCGUGUAGGUUCAAUCUGUUCUCUUCAUAGCUAAUAUAUGUUUUUUUUUUUUCAAGAAUAAAGUUCCAACGAUUUGUUUUGCACAACACCUGUUCUUGAUCCAGCAGCAUAAAGACUGGUUCAAAGAAGAGCACGUCACACUGCUUUGAGAAUAGAAGCCUUAUUUUAUUAUUAUUUUUUUUUUGCUGCACCCCGAUUGAUCUACAGGCGCAAUUAUAUUUGACAACCAUUUAAGCAUGUCAUGUGGCACACCGGUUUGAAUAUAUAAAUCUGGAAACCUUGAAUCUCGUUCAAUGUGUGAAAAGUCGAACAGAUUAGACGGCUUCCUUUUAUUUCUCGGCUCUCUACGUGCAUCUGCCAUCAUUCCUUGCCUAUAGCGGAACCUCGUAUUGACCGACUAUUGUGUAUCCGAGCAGUGUGCGAUGCCUUCGAUUGUGCUGUACCAGAAAAUGAGCUUUUUUUUUCUUUUUUUUUUCUUUCUUUAAAAAAAAACAAAAGACAUUUGCGCGCGGCGCUGAACGAACUCGACGCUGAGUGAUGCUUUGUCGGCCAGAGGCUACGCGCGGCUCUGUAUCUUUUCUUUGGUUGUGUACAUGAACUGAUUGCCUGGACAAAAAAUGUACGUGUGCGGGGCUGAGUGACAAGUGUGCAAAAUGUGAUGACUGCGUGAAAUAAAACUCGAUGAGUAUGCA